UCGUUCUGGCUAGCUUCGUAGUGUUGUGCAAUCUCCAGCCGAUAUUUUACAAAAAUAAAUUAUUGAUUAUUGCUCAGCUACCCGCUGAACAUCUCACAGAACCAGGGGCAUUACUCAGCUUUAUUUUGGCUUCAACGGACACCCUGUUCUGGAUUUUGUCAAUGCUACAAAGAGGAACCGGUGGCGGGUUAGCAUCGCACAUAUUUGUGCUAUCUCUUGUCGAUAUUUCCCCAUAUUAAAUCCAUCGAUGUCUGCUCAGCGACCCACUGAACACCUGACUGAAGCAGUCGCAUUACUCAACAAUAUUUUAGCUUCAACGGAGACUAUCAGGACCCUGUCAAAUGCUACAAAGCUUGGACAGCAACCGAUAACUCCAGCUCCGGACGCGGUGGAUAGUCGCUUAGCAUCUCUGUUUCCAUCCCGCCAGCGUAGCAUGCCUCUACCAACUGCAGCUACAGUCAGAAGGGAAUCUGCCCCUCGCUAUCAAGCUCAACAGUGCUUCGGUACAUGGAGAUCAACGACAAGGAAAAAAAGAUCCAGACCGCAGUAUUUUGACCAUUUCAACAAGGAUGUUGUACUACUUCCAAAUCCAUCUUGGGGACUGGUGUGCAACCAAGGGUCAAAACUGAGAUUACACAAGCAUGGGCAUAUCCUUAGUGCUUUUGAAUUUCAGAAAGCCUGGGACUACAAAACUGUUGUGGAACAGAUCAGAGCUGGUUUUGGUGAACGCAUUCCAGAAGAUGUCAGCCUUGAGUUUCUCAUGGGUUGUGGCAGUAAGCUUGUAGCCCCCAAACUCCAGGAGGGUCAAGAACUUAAUGGGGUGCUGUUACACAAGGUUUUCAAAACCAAAGCCUUGUAUGUGAGGCCAUCAAAAACUCUUCUGUCUGACUCUGAUGAAGAAAAUGAACCCUUGAACACAUGUACCACCACUGGCCAAGGUGACUGUAUUGAGGUGGAUUUGCCGGAAACCCAGAUAAGUCAUGAGCAAGAUGGCAAGCUGGGAACAUGCAGCAAUGAUGAAGAUGUCACCAUCAUUUCUGUCCUUGGAGGAGAUAGAUCUGAUGCCACACCUGGCUGUAGCAAUCAUGAUGGAAAUAACCUUGGACAAAAUGAUAGAAAUCUGACCACAAAAGUCUAUGAUGAAGACUAUUCCUCGUAUUUAACUCUUGUGGCAUCUAUCUCUGAUGAAUCUACAGAUGAGGAGUUGAACUUAGCAAUAAUGGCCAGUAUGGAAAGUCAACAUGUAAAAAAUGUUCCAGUUCAAGAAAUUCUCCAAGAUCUUUCAAGCAAAAUUAAUACAGCGCAGCAGUCCAAAUUCAACAUAAAUCGCUCUGCUGUCUGGGAAGGAGCCUUGCGGGGAUUCCGAAGAGGAUCGUACAACCCAACAUCUAUGAUGUGUGUCAAAUUCUCUGAUGACAUGGGAGGACGUGAAGAGGGAGUUGAUUUAGGUGGCCCACGAAGGGAGUUUUUGAGGCUGCUAAUUGAGACUAUUGCUUCUUCCCCUAUGUUUGAGGGCAAAGAAAACAGCAAAACCCUUGCUCUUAACAGUUCUGCCUUAAGAGAUGAUGGGUACUAUGAAGUUGGAAGGGCCAUGGCUGUAAGCUUGGUUCAUGGUGGUCCACCACCAAACUUUCUCUCCCCAACGUUGUUUUCUCUUCUGGCUUACGGUUCUGCCAAUCCCGUUUUAGAAGACAUAGCUGAUACAGAGCUUCUUGAAAAGGUCCAAAAGAUUUUGUGAGGGACUCAAAACCCUUGGGGUUUUGGAGAAAAUUCAGCGAUAUCCGGACAGUUUUCGGUCACUUUUCUGCUAUGAAC